AUAUAUAUAUCUAUAUAUAUUUAUUUUCACUACUUUAUAUAUUUAUAACCAAUUUGAAUCAAUAAAGAAUACAUACCUAUACACAUAUAUACAUAUAUAUAUAUUUAUAUAUAUAUUUAUAUAUUAUACAAAAGUCACCUGUAUAUAUUAUAUAUAUAUAUACGAACUUGAUCAGCUGUUCAACAACAUUGAUGAAUAAAAGUGGAACCAGAUUCUGGCAGUUUGACGAAUUUGUUGGCGAAUUGCGAGAUAUGAGUCCUUCAACUAUACAACCUGUGACUCCAAGGAAGGAUUCUCGUAUUGUUCUUGUUGAAACCAGUACCAGUACCAGUAGCUCCAGUAUUAAUGUCACCACAAGUCAUAGUACUUCAUCUGCUUCAACAUAUCCAAGAGUAGAACGUCUCACCCUUCAAGAAGUCAAUACUUCUCCCACUUAUUAUGGCGCAGCAUCACUUUCAUAUCGUAAUUCCUUGGCAUCCACUGUCUCCAAUGCCUCAACUGUAUCUGCUCGGUCUAACCCUACUUCCUAUUCACCACCUUCAUCACCCAUUCUCGACAAGAAAGACCAACAAACUUAUACCAGCUCACCUGUGACUCUCACCCCCACUUAUAAGAGACAAUGGACAACACCAUCUCCAGCACGACUAUCUUAUACUGGUACUAUGUAUCCUGAUCGUCCAGCUCCUUUCCCUCCUUUUAUGAUUGGCAGUUCACAACCAUUGGGUUGGUUACGUCCUUCACUCUCUUCCUCUGCCUUAUUGGAUAUCAACAAAUCAAGUAUUUCUCCCCAUUUUGUUUUUCUUGGAUUUGGUGAUUCUCAUGUAAUUGCAGAUCUCUUGAAUUUGACUGGACCUAUACCUUUGGAUGGCGAUAAUAUAUCCGAACGAUCAUUACUUUUUAAGGUGGAUGAUGAACAACAAGCUUUGUGUACCUUGGCUACAAUUCCACCGGAUGGCGAGGAAUAUCCUUAUCUAGAGAACCUUUCACUGAACAGGAUUGGUGUUACAUCUAUACUUGCGGCCAUUUCUAGCAAUUCUACUGUGGAUGACAUUAUGCAAUUAUUAGGACAAAUCAACAAAACUUUAAAAGGACUGGAUCCACAAGGAACAUGGUGGGAACGCUUGAUUCUUUUAUUUCACCAUACAACGGAAGAUGAUUAUAUGGACGAUCGUUUUCAUCUAGUACAAAGAACUUUACCUGAUUUGAUGCAACAUAUAUCUCCUCUUCCAUGUAUUAGCGUCUUUGUCUCCAACAUCAACGAUCAAUCAGCUGAAUAUCAACAAGAAUGUCGACGUAUUCUUUAUCAACAAGCUUGUAUGCAUCAAACGGAUCUUGGAUGGUGGCAUGGAUCAGCCAGUAUAUCGGAAGAUGCUAGUGGCAGCAGUGAUGAUGAUGAUGACGCUUUUUUACCUGUGGCAGUCAUGAUUGGCAACAACAAUAAUACAAAAAAGAAACCGGCAUUCAAAAAACUCUUCAAAAUCGAUAACGUAGAAUCUUCAUCAACUCCUUCUUCUUCUUCUAAUCCUACUGAUGGUGCAACCACUGCCAAAACAGAACAAACUUUCUUAUUCAACGAAGAUUAUCACCAGCAUUCAGUAUCAUCACCAACUCAUUCAGUUGAACUCAAACAUCGCUUCUCGAAGAAAUGGACUGAACCUCCUAGACGCCAUCAUACAAUCUCUCGGCCUUCUCCUCUCAAAUCAACCUCUCCUCAUUGAUAUCCUUUCAAACCUCCCUUUUUGUUUUAUAUAUAUAUAUACUUACUUUUGUCGAUUUGUUUUUGUUACCUUUUUUUUUUUUAUCUAUUAUAUCUAUCUCUCCGUUUACUCAUUCUGCAUUUUUUUUUUCUAACAUGUUAUUUUCUGACAAUAAAAUCAUGAUAUGAAUCCUUUUUUAUUUCUUCAACUUUCUUUUUUUUUAAUAUACAAACUAUA